AUGAUGUAUUAUUAUUACUUCGUUCUAGCUUUCAUCUCUAGUCAUUUCAUCUCUGGUGCCUUUGGUACUGCUCCAAACUGUGAGUAUAAUGGUAUUGAUUACUCUGGAUUCAAUGUUCAAGGUACCAAUUACAUAUGGUCAGUUUGUCAACCAAAUUUGCAAUGCAACUCACUUCUUGGAGCCACGAAUAUUGUUUCAUGUCAAAAGCCAACAACAGGAACACCACAAAACACUGGUUUGCUAAGCAGUGGAGUAUGGGCAGACUCUCCUGGUGGUGGAGGAGCUGUCGUCAACUACAAGUCAGGCACAGCUCCAUGCAAAUCUUCUGGUAAAGUUAGACAAACCAAUGUCUUUUUUACUUGUGCUCCUGGCCAACCUGAUAAGGUUGUGGCAGCUGACGAAUCGGCCACAAAAUGUGUUUAUGAAGUAUUUAUGUCUGGACAAUCUGCAUGUGCCUCAUCCUCGUCGUCGUCGUCAUCAGAUGAAGAAGGAGUAGUAAAUUGUUCCUUCUCACAUGAUACACUAUCAAUCUCUAACAGCAAUGACAAUCAAUUUAUUAAUUGUACAUCGACUGGUGUAACGUCAUGUGCCUCUCCAGGAUCAAUGUGUGGCACUCAAAAUAAUAUUGGACAAAUCUAUUGUUUGUCCACCGUUAAAAUGCAAUGUACCUCUUUGUCUGUUUCAUGUGUUUCUGGAAACGUCACUUGUUCUUUGGUCAAUGGUGCUUUCAAUAUGAACUAA